GCUCUGGGCCGCUUGGAGCCUCCGCUGCCAGUCUCCGGGCGCCCCCGCAACACCGGCGGCCCGAAGCCGCGCGGGGACGGGGCCAUGUGUCGCGCGCGGCUCCGCCUCCCGCCGGUCCUCUGAGGCGGCGGCCGGGGGGAACACAGAGAGAGACAGCCAGGCGCCUAUCCGGCUAUCGUGUCCAUGGCGGGUGCAUCGGACUGCGCGGCGGCCGGGCCUUUUUUUCUCUGGUCCAGACCACCCGGAUGGGGCUCUCCGGGCCCCGCCCCGUCUGGCCUAGCCCGGCCUGCCCGAGUCCCGCAAGCUCUGCAGGCAGGCUAGCGGGACGACCCCAGCCCCACGUCCUGCCACCCGCCAGCGAAGGAUCCGGGGAUGGGCAAGCGCCACCCGGCUCGCUCCGGAGUCAGCAUUGGGUCUCAACGAGGCCGGGUGACGCUCCAGAAUGGGAGACAAGCCAAUUUGGGAGCAGAUUGGAUCCAGCUUCAUUCAACAUUACUACCAGUUAUUUGAUAACGACAGAACCCAACUAGGCGCAAUUUAUAUUGACGCAUCAUGCCUUACGUGGGAAGGACAGCAGUUCCAGGGGAAAGCUGCCAUUGUGGAGAAGUUGUCUAGCCUUCCGUUCCAGAAAAUCCAGCACAGCAUCACGGCACAGGACCAUCAGCCCACGCCAGAUAGCUGCAUCAUCAGCAUGGUUGUGGGCCAGCUCAAGGCUGAUGAAGACCCCAUCAUGGGGUUCCACCAGAUGUUCCUAUUAAAGAACAUCAACGAUGCUUGGGUUUGCACCAAUGACAUGUUCAGGCUUGCCCUGCACAACUUUGGCUGACCUCCUCCCAGCCAGGCACUCAUGCUGUUUCCUCCUCCCUCCUCUUCCUGAUACUAUUCACACUCCUCCAGAUGCCCCAAAUAUCAUACACAAACGAGCAGGGCCGCGGCGGGAGCGGGCGCAGUGCGCUGCUACCGAGGUAUUGUGCAUGAUGUUUGGAUGCUAGACUAGUUGCAUCUGACAGGAGAAGUUUGUGUUGUACCAGCGCAUGCCUUGGAAAGACUUAAGUAAUGCAAAAGGUUGUCUUUUUUUUUUUUUUUUUUUUUUUUUUUUAAUCUACUGACAAGUUGCUCUAGUAACCCAAAGAAGUGAAGGAGAAAGCAGCUGCCUCACCGCCCAGAUAUUGAUUUGUUCGGAUGUUUCAAUGCCUCAUGAUACAAUAAAACCACAAAAUUUUCUUAACAGUU